AUGGAAUGUAGCUUUCUUUAUUUUAUCAAGUUCUUAGCUUCAGGAAACCAAGAAUAUAUCAACAAUGCUCAUGAUAUCCUUGAUAACGAGAAGUCAAAUGGGGUACUUGAACAAGAAAUUCUUCAAUUAUUAACUUCAAAUGAAUUAGAAGAUAGAGAAAUCUUCAUUUUAUUAUCUAUUUCUAACAAUUAUAACGUUUACAUCCCUAUUGGUGCCAUUUUAGAUAUGUUUAGUCGAAAUUCUCAGUUAAUCAACUCCGAGAUAAGUAAAUUAUUAGCAAAAUAUAUAACUUCCGAUGCAUCAUUAAUUUCCCAAUUUCUUCAAAUCUCUAAUGACUUCAUUUCAGAUAAGUUAAAUACCCUUUCUUUAAUAGAAUUUGAUAAAAUUUAUUCAGAAGAGAUACAAUUGUUCUUAAUCUCGAUCAUUGAAGGCAAUUAUUCAUUAGAUUGUAAAAUACAAGCAGCUGAAUUGUUAAAUAACAAUCCAGAUGCAUAUUUAAACUCAAAUAUUGAACAAUUCUUUCAAUUCCUUUUUGAACAAGACAUAACAACUGAUACAAUUAAGAUUAUCUCAAAAGUCGUUGGACUAGCAGAAAUCGCCAUUGAAAGUGAAGAUCUAUUUCACAUUUUGUUAAAUCUUUCAAUUGAAGUUUCCAAUGAUAUUCCUUUAUCAAAAGAACUCAAAAUUCCAAUGACUGAAAUCGUUGGUGCUUUGAAUCAAGCAUUUCUAGAUAUUAAUUUUGAAUAUGAUUUACAAGCAUAUGUUUUAACAUGUAUAAGACUAUCUGUUCCAGGUGAUGAAGAAUUAAAUGAUUGGACAGAAAAUUUAACAAAUUAUUUAGACUUAUUUGAAAAUAACGAAGAUUUACGCGCAAAAUGUUUAGAUGCAAUCAUGUAUCGCGAGGAUCAUAUAGAAUUUGCUGUAGAUGUCUGCAAAGAAAUCAUAAAUUCAUCAAUAAAUGAACAAGUCAUCGUUUUAUGGAUCUUAUACAAUAUCUCUGGUAGAUAUGAUGUUGAUAUACCAGAUCCAAUCUUGUUUGAUAACGUUUUAUGCUAUGCGAAUAAUAUUUCCUUCCAAAUUUUGAAUUCUAAUUACAAUCCUGACUUGAUUCCAGUGAUAUCUGAGUAUUUACAACAGAAUAACUUUGUUUUUACAAUUACUAUUGCGAAUGAACUUAUUAACUGUGAAGAAGAAAGUUAUUUUCAGCUGAUUCCUUUGACAAUACAAGCUGUUUCGAAGCUUAUAUCAGAAGACAAUGAUGAAACAGCUUUGAAUCUAAUUGUUACUAUUCAUUUAUUGAUAGAAGUUAAUUUAGAUAUUUUAUCUGGAAUAAUCAAUGAGUUAAUUGAGUUUAUUCAUGAACUAAUACGAAUAUUUCAUGGAAACAAUUAUCUUUUCGAAGAAAUUGUUUCAAUUAUUAAGGGUGCACCCGUAUGUACGUUUAUUUGA